AUGCCAAAACUGGCAAUUUUUUACAUGGCAAUCUUAAAGUUAACUAGAACUAGAGGAGCUGACAGUAGCAGGGUAAUUUUAAUUUAAGGAAAAUGGUUGAAUAUCAAUACUGAUAUCAAAAAAAAAAUAAAUAAAAUAAGGUCCUGAAAACUUUUUUGGGCCACUAGUGUACUGAAAAAUAGUUGGCUGGGUCUCUUCCAGUCCGCCCCUGUAAAAUACCUAUUUACUAGUGUAUAAUGUAAUGUGUCAAACAGUAUAUAAUGUUAAUGCAAAUUUUUAUGUGGAUUAAGUAAGAUCGAGGGAGUUCUAUUUUUUUUUCAAUAGUUGAUUUUCUGUGAAAAUCUCAUUUUCAAUAUUUCUUAAUGUACAAGCCAUUCAUUUUGAUGUUUUAUCACUAGAUAUACCGCUGUAAAAAAAAUCCCAAAUGUUAAUAAAUAUGGCGUAAAACCGAAGAUACGAAAAAAACGAUUCAUAGUUUUUAUUGUUAACAUAUUACCGUUUAUAUAUGUAUUCAAGGGUGUAAUAUUUGAAUAGUAUAAUUAUUAUAACUUUCGCAUACUCGUAUUUGUAUAAUUUUAUUUUUUAUUUUUAAAUGUUAUCAUUAUUGAACACAAGUAUAGAUACAGGUUACAAUAUGUUUUUUAAUUUUGCUGGAUGCCUUAGUAAUUGGCUCUUUAUGUAUAUAGUUUUAAAAUCGUUCUUGUAUACAAAUAUAGUUUUAAUGUCAAACAAAGUCUAGACCGCUAUCCGAGCGUUAAAUUUAAGAAUAAAAAAAAUUAGUAUGUAUUAUACGUAAAAUAAUGUUCCGUUAUCGAAACCGUCGGGAUGGACGCAUAACAAUACUUUAAUGUAUAUAUAUAUAUAUAUAUAUAUAUUUGAAAUGUAUUUGAAGAGUAUAUUAUGAUGAAAUAUAAAGACUAUUAUCACGUACGUAAAUAUGAAAAAUUGAAAAAUUCCAUCAUUAAUCUACAGCGCUUGUUUAUACCUAUAAUGUUGGUCAUUAAAUCAAUGCAAAUUAAAUCAAAGUACCAAUGCUCAGUAUGCAAUUCGAAAAAUGCGCAAUGAGUUUGUCUAGACUAAAAGUCAUUUAAGUCACAUUAAUAGAAGAAGGAGUUAAUAGCGUAUAUUUUUAUUUUUCUGUAGCUUAUAAAGGGCUACAGAAAAAAUUUGUUUUCAGUGUUUUUGUUUUAGUUCGUGUACAGGCAAUUUUAACUAUUAUUGAACCAUAUAGUCGUCAGUCAUGUUAUAUAUCAACGUAAGUACAAUAUUCAAUUAUUAGUAUAGGUACACUAUAUUCCGUACAAAAAUGUAUGAUGAAUAUGUUUUAGCCAUACCUCUGUUUUCGUAAUUUAAAUGUCUUAUUGUGUUUUAAUACUUUUAUUUUUGUUUUAUAUUAAAAUAAUACAAUUCAUAUCUUAAAUGUAGAUCCAUAAAACAUUGUAUAUGUUCACGAAUCAAUAUUUCUUACAACAAUAUGGAUAUUAUAUUUGAUUUUUAUUUUUUUAUUACACUUAUUCAUACUAUUUAUCAUUAUAUCAUCAUAUUAACGUUACCUAUAAAUAUAACCGACAUUUUUCAAUAGAUCACUAACGAUACAAAUUAGAUUAGUAGGUAAAUUAAAUGUAUUAAUUCAAUUUUUAUUUAAAACACAACAAGAACUCAGAUAGUGUUUAAAUCAUCAUUAUUAAUUAUUAUUUUUGCAUUAUGUUUCUAUAUAUAGGGCAUCUUGCUGUUAUUUUGUGUAUCGUGUUUAGCAUGCUUCGACAAAAAACCGCUGAAAGAACAUAAUAUUUUAUUUAACGGUUACAAAUUAAUUUUUCCGAUAAAAAAAAACCAUACUGUAAUCAAUCGUCCUCCAUCAACUACACCUUCACCGACAUAUUUUACGGUUCCUACUGAACUAACUAGAGUGUCAGAGUCUGUGUCUACUCUACUUCCAGUCACACAACAACAGAAUCCUGUAACUCCACAAGUAAUACUGUUGUAUCCACCACAAACAGAGCAGUCUUCAUCUCAACAAAAUGUGCCGUUUGUGAACGCUCCGAAUUAUACCACAGCAUUACCUCCACAGCAUGAACAACAGUAUCUACUGCAACAAGGACAGCUGUAUGGACCUCCAUCAAAUGUGCAAUAUCCAUCACAAGAUAAGCAGUAUUCUCCACAGCCAGAACAGCAGCAUUCCUCGCAUCAAGAACCACUGCAGUUUCCACCGAAACAAGAGCCACAAAAUCCUACACAACAAAGGCCGCUAUAUGCAUCUCCGCCAGAUAUUAAAUAUCCAUCACAACAGGAACCACUGCAGUUCCUACCACAACAAGAACCACUACAGUUCCUACCACAACAAGGACAACAGUAUCAAAUAAAACAAGGAACACAAUAUGUACCUUCACCAGAUGUACAAUAUCCGUCACAACAAGGAUUACAGUUCCCACUGCAACAAAGACCGCAAUAUGCUCCUCCACCAGAUGUACAAUAUCCGCAACAACAAGGAUUACAGUUCCCACUGCAACAAGGACCACAAUAUGCACCUCCAACAGAUGUGCAAUAUCUAUCACAAGACCAGCAGUAUUCCCUGCAACAAGAACCGCUGCAGUUUCCACCGGAACAAGAGCCACAAAAUCCUACACAACAAGAACCGCAUUAUUCACCUCCAUCAGAUGUACAAUAUCCGUUACAACAAGAACAAGAGUAUUCUCUACAACAAGAACCACUGCAGUUCCUACCACAACAAGGACAACAGUAUCAAAUAAAACAAGGAACACAAUAUGUACUUCCACAAGAUGUGAAUAAUCCGCCACAAGGAUUACAGUUCCCACUGCAACAAGGAACGCAAUAUGCACCUCCACCAGAUGCACAAUAUCCGUUACAACAAGAACAGGAGUAUUCUCCACAACAAGAACCACUGCAGUUCCUACCACAACAAGAACCGCAUUAUUCACCUCCAUCAGAUGUACAAUAUCCGUUACGUUCCUACCACAACAAGAACCGCAUUAUUCACCUCCAUCAGAUGUACAAUAUCCGUUACAACCUACCACAACAAGAACCGCAUUAUUCACCUCCAUCAGAUGUACAAUAUCCGUUACAACAAGAACACAAUAUCCGUUACAACAAGAACAACAAUAUCCGCCACAACAAGAACAACAGCAGUCGCCACAACAAGAACCACUGCAGUUGCUACCACAACAAGGACAACAGUAUCAAAUAAAACAAGGAACACAAUAUGCACCUCCACAAGAUGUGAAUAAUCCGCCACAACAAGGUUUGCAGUUCCCACCGCAACAAGGACCGCAUUAUGCACCUCCACCAGAUUUGGAAUAUCCUUUACAACAAGAAAAAGUGUAUGAAUAUCUGAAUCAUCAAAGACCGCAGUAUGAACUUCCACAAAAUGUGCAAAAUGCGUCACAACAAGAACCGCAUAAUCUAACACAACAAGGACCGCAUAAUUCAACACAACAAGGAACACAAUAUGAACCUCCACAAGAUGUGCAAAAUCCGUUACAACAAGGGUUGCAAUUCCCACUGCAACAAGGACCGAAAUAUGCACCGCCACCAGAUUUGGAAUAUCCAUUACAACAAGAAAAAGUGUACGGACCACAGCAUUACCAAUGUAUUCUUUUUAAUGAUUACGGACCGCCCGUACGUUCAAAUAAGCAACAAUACACAGGACCUACUAAAGAAUAUUAUUUUGACCGUCAAAAUGUCGUCUACAAUCAACAGCUGUGUAAGGUAUAUUUUCAACGAUCACAUCCGUACGAUUCUCAGUAUUUUUACAAUUACCACCCGGCUCCGUAUAAUUUCCAUCUGCAGCCAAAACUAUUUUCAAACGUUCCUCCUAAAUUUAUUUUACGGCCAGAGAACGUAAUGGCUUGA